AUGGAUCUGUGGCAAGCUGCUCAAUUCAAGUGGACUCUUAGGCAGUUAGAUGUUAAAAAUGUCUUUCUACAUGACAUUCUUCAAAAGGAAGUGUAUAUGGCGCAGCCUCCGGGGUUUGAAAGUACAACACAACCCUCAGACUAUGUGUCCCCGGCUAAUCCGUCUUUGUUUGUACAACAGUCUACAAAGGGCACUGUGCUAUUGCUUUUGUAUGUUGAUGAUGUAAUUGUCACAGGUAGUAGCUCACAUUUGAUCAACCAAGUCAUCAUUGCCUUUACUGCCGAAUUUGAAAUGAAGGAUUUGGGAUUAUUGCACUACUUUUUGGGCUUGCAUAUUAGUUAUACUUCAGAAGGCUUAUUUGUGUCACAGACAAAGUAUAUUCAGGAGCUAGUUGAUAAAGUUGAUUUACAGGACUCCAAACCCUGUGCUACACCAUGUCUACCAUAUCAUAGGCUACUCAAAGAUGAUGGGAAGCCUUAUAAUCGGCCUGAACAAUAUAGGAGUGUUGUUGGUGCUCUCCAAUAUCUUACUUUUACUCGUCCCGACAUAGCAUUUUCAGUCAAUCAAGCUUGUCAAUUUAUGCACAAUCCCAUGAUUUCUCAUGUCAUUGCGGUUAAAAGGAUCAUUCGGUUUGUGGUGUUCUUUGGUUCCAAUCCUAUAUCAUGGGCAUCCAAAAAGCAACAUACCAUCUCUCGUUCAUCCAUCGAAGCUGAGUAUCGAGCCCUAGCUAUCACAGCUGCUAAACUUGCCUGGAUUCGCCAACUCUUAUGUGAUAUGCAUUUCCCUAGAGUCACUCGAGGUGAUCUUCAGGUUCAACAUGUGUCUUCCUCAGAUCAGUAUGCCGAUAUCCUCACAAAGGGUUUGUCUGCACCAUUGUUUCAGCACCAUUGUAGCAAUUUGAUGCUUAGUGCACUAGAGCAUCAACUUGAGGGGGAAUGUAAGAAGGAUGAAGUUCAAAAGUGUGAUCCGAGUGAAGAGACUAUCAAUGGUUAA